AUGGCGGAUGAAGGGGUCAACAUGAAGCUGCAGCAGUCCCUAGACGCACUGCCCGUCGAAGAGAGAGAGGCCGUGACGGCUGUCUGGUCCCAGUUCUCGUCGUCGUCGCACGCACGGAGGGCCAUCAUUCUCCAAGGGCUCCUUACACUCUGCUGCUUCUCCCAACUGUCGCUCCUCGCAGACUCCCUCCAGCACCUUAUUCGCAUCGACCCAUUUGCCGUUCUACCUCGCGAGCUUGGCCUCAAGAUCCUGGGUUAUCUCGACGCGACCUCAUUGUGCAGAGCCGCACAAGUCUCGCGAAGGUGGAAGGCCCUCGCUGACGAUGAUAUCCUAUGGCGGGGCAUCUGCGAGCAGCACAUCGGACAGAAAUGUCAUAAGUGCGGCUGGGGGUUGCCUCUACUCGACAAGAAGCGUCUAUACCGAGCCCAAUCGGUGACGCCGGUACCAGGCGCCCCCGACCCCGUUUCGAGCCCUCACGGCUGCAUACUCUCCGUCAAGCGACCGCGCGAGGGCAGUCCCGACCUCGAAGAGCAGCCGCUGAAGCGGCAACGCUCUAGCUCUCCGUCUCAGGAUAAUCACCGCCAUGAAGAGUCGGCUGCCGAGUCAUCCCGUCGUGCAUCCUUAUCGCUGAUCGCACCGACCUCUCCUGGCCGGUUGUCCCCGUCAUCGACUCGACCAUGGAAGGAGGUCUACAGCGAACGUAUGACGGUCGAGUGGAAUUGGAGGCGCGGACGCUGUACGGUGCGCACUUUGGAGGGCCACACCGACGGAGUCAUGUGCCUGCAAUUCAACGAGAACCUCACUCAUCCCGCCUUUCCCGUCCUCAUCACCGGGUCCUAUGAUCGAACCGCGCGCGUUUGGAAUCUCGAAACCGGCCUUGAACUCCAUGUUCUUCGCGGUCACACGCGCGCCAUCCGCGCUCUCCAGUUCGAUGAGUACAAGCUCAUCACUGGUAGCAUGGACUGUUCGCUGAAGGUCUGGGACUGGCGUCGCGGUACAUGCAUCCGCACACUCUUUGGACAUACGGAAGGCGUCGUCUGUCUCAACUUCGACUCGAACAUCCUCGCCAGUGGCUCCGUAGAUUCGACCAUCAAGGUGUGGAACCUACGGACAGGCUGUGCGUUCACUCUGCGUGGGCAUAGGGAUUGGGUCAACUCGGUGCAGCUCUGGGAUCGUACUGCGGGUGGCGCCGCAGGUCCUGCCGCGCCAACAGUCUUCGACGGCCCGCCCUGUAACGGCUCCAGCGGCGGUGCGGACCCGGGCAAGAUGCUGUUCUCCGCGUCGGACGAUGGCAGCAUUCGUCUCUGGGACCUGCAUCUGCGAACCUGCGUACGCCAGUUCACGGGUCACAUCGGGCAAGUGCAGAGCAUCAAGCUGAUGUUCACUCCCGACUGUGGCGAAGGUGAUGGAUCCGAUGCGGAGGAGGGUCCUACUGGACGCUCUUCUCCCGCGCCUCGCACGAAGUUGCCAACGCUCGUGUCCGGUAGCCUUGAUAACACUAUCAAGGUCUGGGAUGUCGAGACGGGUGCUUGUGUGCGCACUCAUUUCGGCCAUAUCGGCGGUGUCUGGGCGGUCGCGGCGGACAAGAUGCGCAUUGUCAGCGGUAGUCAUGACCGCACUAUCAAGGUCUGGAGUCCGGACGAUGGAAGCAACAUUGCCACGCUCGCGGGUCACGAAGCGUCCGUGAGUUGCAUAGCUCUCGGCGAGGACAAGAUAGUAUCGGGGGGCGAUGAUAAGACGAUCAAGGUUUGGAGCUUUGCUGGUUAG